AUGAUUGGCACAAGUAGAGUUGUUGUUGAUAAACCUUACUUAGACCAUGGUAGCAUCAGAAAUAGCAACAGUUUUCCUUCUGUUGAAUGCCUUGCUGAGAGGUUCUUUGGUCCAAAGCCAAGGACUCCAGAGAGGAUUCUACGACUCCAGCUGCCCUGACGCAGAGGAUAUCGUGAGGUCCACUGUCGGGAAGUACUACAACAACGAUGCCACCAUCGCCCCGGGCUUGCUCAGGCUGCACUUCCACGACUGCUUUGUCCAAGGAUGUGAUGCUUCCGUUUUGAUUUCUGGAGCAUCAUCCGAGAGGAGUGCACCACAGAAUUUCGGUCUCAGGGGAUUUGAGGUGAUAGACGAUGCCAAGUCCCAGCUGGAAUCAACGUGCCCUGGGGUGGUGUCCUGCGCCGACAUACUGGCCCUCGCCGCACGUGAUUCCGUCGAUCUGGCCGGCGGGCCAAGCUGGGCAGUGCCUCUGGGACGAAGAGACGGGAGGAUCUCAUCAGCUGCAGAUGCCAAGGCCCUUCCGUCCCCGGCCGACCCCGUGUCCGUCCAGCGGCAGAAGUUCGCAGCUCAGGGACUGUCCGACCAUGAUCUCGUCACACUAGUCGGCGCGCACACCAUCGGGCAGACGGACUGCGCGUUCGUGCGGUACCGGCUGUACAACUUCACGGCGACGGGGAACGCGGACCCGUCCAUCAGCCCGGCGUUCCUGCCGCAGCUGCGGGCGCUGUGCCCGCCGAACGGCGACCCGGUGCGGCGGGUGGCGCUGGACAAGGACGGCGCGGGGUCCUUCGACGCCGCCUUCUUCAAGAACGUGAGGGACGGCAACGCCGUGCUGGAGUCGGACCAGCGGCUGUGGGGCGACGACGCGACGCAGGGGGUGGUGCAGAAGUACGCCGGCAACAUCCGGGGCCUCUUCGGGCUCCGCUUCACCUACGAGUUCCCCAAGGCCAUGGUGAGCCUCGGCGGCGUCGCCGUCAAGACCGGCAGGCAGGGCGAGAUCAGGAGGAAGUGCUCCAGGUUCAACUGAACCUGAACUGAUAGUAUAUGCAAUUCUGGAUGAGUAUCACUGGGUUGACGCUAUGCUUGUACUAAUAAUAUAAUAAUAAACCAAUUAACUGGUGGGCAGCGUACGUGCCUUGUAUAAAA